CGGAGUUCCUAUAUAAAACCCCCAUGAAUCUCUCCACCAAAUAAGAAAAAAACCACAAAAAAAAAAAUGGCGAAGCUUUUAAAGCAAAAGCUCUCGAAGAUUCUCCCAUCCUUCCAAACAUGCCGCAACGACGACGGUGACUUCCCCAUCGCCGUCACCGCCGCCCGAGCUCCGGCCAUCGUCUCCGUCGCCUGCGGCUGCCGCCCUUCCCCUUCUCGCCGCAACCCCUUCGUCGCCAUCGACACCGAUGCCGAGCUCUCCCGCGCCCGUGAAACCCCCGCCUAUCUCUGGCGCCCCGAUUCCCUCUCCCUCCCCCUCCCCUCCUCGCCGCAAGAUCGAUUCUCGCCGAAACCCUAACCCUAAUCCCCGUCCCAGCUCCUCCUCCGGCGAUAGCGGCUGGUUCUCUAGCGAUGAUGAGAUUUACACCGAUCUCUUCAACCAAACCUCUUCUCUCACACUUAACAAUUGCGAUGAUGAAGACGAUGACGAUGAUGAUGAUGAUGAUGAUGAUGAGACUGAAACCCUAAUUUCCUCCUCCUUCACCGACUCAUCGGACGCCAUUAAUCUCAGGAUGGAGGUGGAGAAAUUGACGGUCAAAGAGAGCUUCGCCGUGGUGAAGAGAUCCGACGAUCCGUACUCCGAUUUCCGGCGAUCCAUGGCGGAGAUGAUUGUGGAGAAGGAGCUAUACGAGCCUCGCGAUCUGGAGGAGCUCUUGCAUUGCCUUCUCUCUCUCAACUCUCGCCAUCACCACCGCGCCAUCAUCUCCGCCUUCUCCGAGAUCUGGGACUCUCUCUUUCCGGCCACCACCGCCGCCGCCGGCGAGCAAUGAACGACGUUGAGAUUGAAAGAGUCCUUAUGUUGCAAGUUUCAGUCUGUGUACAGCUUUCGGUACGCAAUGAAAUGUUCAUAGUUUUGCGUGUGCAUGGUUGUACUUAACACUAUAUAUAUUAUUUAUUUAUUUGUAUUAGUGAAUUACAUGAUGUG